UGGGUUUUAAUUUUACGUGUGUAAAAUGAAAGUAACCUAGUUUAAGUUGCAAAACCCUGAUUCAUCCAUUUUCAUCGAGUUUCCGGUGAGAGUUUGACGGCCGCAGACAUGUUGGACAUCAACCUAUUCAGAGAAGAAAAGGGUGGCAACCCCGAACUCGUCCGCGAAUCCCAACGCCGUCGAUUCGCCAGCGUUGAAAUUGUCGAUGAAGUUAUCAGUCUCGACAAACAAUGGCGAGAGCGUCAAUUCCAGUUGGAGAAUCUCCGAAAAGAAUUCAACAAGUACAAUAAGGAAGUCUCCAAACUCAAGCGUGCUGGUGAAGAUGCAACUAAGUUGAUUGCUGAAUCUGAAGUGAUUAAGAAAUCCAUAGCGGAUAAAGAGGUUGAGGCUCUUGAAGCUCUAAACAGUUUGAAUACUAAAUUGGAAACCAUUGGUAACCUCAUCCAUGAUUCCGUUCCAAUCAGUAAUGAUGAGGCCAACAAUGCUGUUGUUAGAACUUGGGGAGAGAAAAGAGUAGAACCUAAACUCAAGAAUCAUGUGGAUCUUGUUGACCUUCUCGGGAUAGCAAAUUUGAAGAAAGGAGCUGAUGUAGCUGGAGGUAGAGGUUUCUAUCUCAUAGGAGAUGGCGUUCUUCUUAACCAAGCUCUAAUCAACUUCGGGAACGCAUUUUUGGGGAAAAGGGAAUAUACCUUGUUACAAACCCCUUUCUUCAUGAGAAAAGAUAUAAUGUCCAAGUGUGCUCAAUUAGCCCAAUUUGAUGAAGAGCUUUAUAAGGUAACUGGCGAAGGAGAUGACAAAUAUCUGAUUGCAACAGCAGAGCAGCCACUUUGUGCAUAUCAUAUAGAUGAUUGGAUCCACCCUAGCCAGCUACCCCUUAGGUAUGCUGGAUAUUCAACUUGCUUUCGUAAAGAAGCUGGAUCUCACGGUCGGGAUACUCUAGGAAUAUUCCGAGUUCACCAAUUUGAAAAAGUAGAGCAGUUUUGCAUUACCUCCCCAGUUGACAAUGAUUCAUGGGUCAUGCACGAGGAAAUGCUUAAGAACUCUGAGGAAUUUUACAAGGCGUUGAACAUUCCAUAUCAAAUUGUUUCCAUUGUAUCUGGUGCUUUAAAUGACGCUGCUGCGAAGAAGUAUGAUCUUGAAGCAUGGUUUCCAGCUUCUCAAACUUACAGGGAGUUGGUAUCCUGUUCAAAUUGUACUGACUACCAGGCCAGAAAAUUAGAAAUUCGAUUUGGACAGAAGACUAAUUCGCAGGAGAAGAAAUACGUUCAUUUGUUGAACUCUACUCUCACUGCUACUGAGAGGACCAUGUGCUGCAUACUUGAGAACAACCAGAAGGAGAAUGGGGUAGAGAUACCAGAAGUCCUCAGGCCAUUCAUGGGUGGAAAGACUUUCCUGCCAUUCAAGAACAAACCGAAUAACGAAGCCAAAGGGGCAUUGAAACAUGUUCAAUUUAAUCGAGCUGCCCACGUACUUAAUUCAAUUAGGAAUUUCAUUGGAAAGAAGAAUGCAGUCUGGAAAAUUGGGACUAGAAUUUUCAAUGUAUUGUAGUAGGGAGGGAAUGUCUAGGUUUACAGCUAUGUUUUUUUUACGGAUAGUUUUACAACUAUUAUUGUUUUUACCUUAAAAUUUGCCAGUUUCUGAAUCUGUAUUGUAAGAGACGGAAAUUUGGAUUCUGUCGAUGAUUCUGAGAAAAUCCAAUUCUCGUCUUAGGAUUUGAGGAUUUAAAAUAAAGUCUGAUGCUAAAAGAAUA